AUGGCGCGUGAUUGGGUUCCCAAUUGGAGUGAGCUUUUGACUGUUCUUGGAGUUGGGUUCCCAGUAGGAAUGGGCUUGCGAUUCCUUCUUGACCUAGGAUGCCCAACCUGUGUAAAUGCAGGGCUUCUCUUCACUCUUCUUCACAUCGCAAACUUAACUUCUCUACUUUCUAGCUUGGGAGAGAUCUUGGAGAAUUUGUACAGCUUGUCGAAGAGAGGAGUCGCCGUGCAUCCCAAGUUAAGUCGAGCACGCCAGCUGGGGGAAGUCCAGCUAGUUGUCGUCGUGACAUGCGACGGUUGGCAGUGGGCGACAGCUGUGGUGAAGCAGGUGGGUGCAGAUGGACCAGCUGUUGCCUAUCAUCGCAGGCCACAUCAGCUAAGCGGGUAUCGUGAGGAAGUUGGUGGUCUGACCUCUGCCCAAGAUGUUGAGAGAAGGAAGCAUAAUGGUCCAGCCUUGGAUGAUCUGCUGGCUGGAUGCGUCCCAUUGAGGAAGAAGCCAAGGAUCCCUUAUGCUGAAAAGACUCAAGUAAGAGUUGUUCCAUCAUCAUCUGUCAGGGUCAAACAUCUCGUUGGUGUAGAUAGCAGGAAGGUUGGUGGUAUGCACGGUGUUCGGGGUGUUCUACCCGAGCCUCCUACUGACAAGAUUGAAAACCAUAAUCUGCUUCCUGGAAGAGCUCGUGCCCAAUCUCGUUCUACAGAGCAUCAAAGAGAUGCAAAAAUUCUUUUUCGAAGUUCGAGUCGUCUGCAUCAGUUAAAGGAUGAAGAUCAAAGCGGGAAGAGUGCUCAAGAUCCAGCUUGUUGA